UACUAUACUAACGCCAUGAAAUCAAGAAUUAUAUUUAAUACUUAUAACAUUAUUAUCAUCAUCCUUAUUGCAUUAGAACAAUUAGUUAUUGGUGCACCCAUCGAUGAAACUUAUCGUUUCAAUAUUACUGAUUGUCCAAGGAUUAUCACAAGAGAGGAAUGGAAAGCUCGUAAACCAUUAAAUGAAGAACAACUCGAACGUACACCAACACCUUACGUUGUUAUUCAUCAUGGUGGAAUACGUCAUUAUUGUUAUGAUCGAGAAAGUUGUAGUAAAAUAGUAAGAUCUUAUCAGGAUUUGCAUAUCGACGUGAGAGGAUGGUUCGACAUUGGUUAUAAUUUCGUCAUCGGUGAAGAUGGGAAUAUUUAUGAGGGUCGUGGAUGGAACAAAGUUGGAGCUCAUGCACCUGGAUACAAUUUUCAAAGUAUUGGGAUUUGUGUUAUUGGAGAUUUUUCUGAUUUCCUUCCAAAUGCAGCGGCCCUUCGUGCAUUAAAUUCUCUCAUCUCGUGCGGGGUCAGUCUCGGAAAAAUAAAAUUGGAUUACAACGUAAUCGGACAUCGUCAAGCACGUGAUACAAUAUGCCCAGGUGAUACAUUUUAUAAAUACGUUAUGGCACUUCCACAUUGGACAUCUCAUCCAAUACCUGACAAAAUUCGAAUUAUCACGACUGAAGCUACACCUAAGGUACCUAAAGGAAAUAAUUUUGACAAUGAUUAUAAUACUAAUAGAACUGUAAGACUAUAUAUUCCAAAUAUAAUUUCAAGACGAGAAUGGGGAGCAAGAGCACCGACUAGUCCGAUAUCUGCACUUCGAGAAAAUCCACCUUCUAAUGUGAUUAUUCAUCAUUCGGAUACAAUUGGUUGUAAUACACAAGCAAUCUGUCAAGCCCGAGUGAGAAGUUUUCAGAAUUAUCAUAUGGACACGAAAAAGUGGGAAGACAUUGGAUAUAACUUUUUAGUUGGCGAAGAUGGUAAUAUUUAUGAGGGUCGUGGUUGGGGUAAACAUGGUGCUCAUUCUACUCCCUACAAUUCUAAGAGCAUUGGUAUCUGUGUGAUUGGUAAUUUUACUAAUACUUUACCUAACCAAGCAAGCAUUAGAGCAACACAAAAUUUGAUAUCUUAUGGAGUAGCUAAUAACAAAAUUAAAUCCAAUUACAAACUUUUUGGCCAUCGUCAAACUACUCCAACUAUUUGUCCUGGAAAUGCUUUGUACGAUUUAAUUACAACUUGGCCUAAUUGGAGCAACAAAGCAUAAGGAAUAUACAGUGUUAUGAUUGAUCUAUGAAGUGUACGAACCGAUAAUCGUUUUCAAUUUAACAAUUAUUUAAAAAUCAGAUUUUGUAUAACCUUCUGUGUUUCAAUUCGGUUUUUGUGUGAAUUAUUUUUAUUUCGUAAGCCAAUUCUAAUAAUGUUCUAAGAUAGAAAAGAAAUCCGAAAAUGAAUUUAAAUAAAUGUGCAACUAUUACGUAAUCAACCACUUAUUUUUGAUGAAUGCGCGUUAAAAUCUGUUUACGAAAUGACAUACAUAAGUUAUAUCCAAGUCUAGGAAGAAAAGGAGGGGAGAAUUAAUCAACCAAGUCAAGGAUUUCCUAAUAGAUUUAAUAUUUCUCAACGGUCAUUUCUUUAGAACGUGAUAUAACAUUAUUCCAUAAUCUACGACCUACUCGAAUAUGAAAUAUGCGAAUGAAUAUUACAUGACAAAAUAAAAUAAUGCAGUAUCCUAUAGUA